AUGGAGACGCCUGAGGCUACAUAUUAUCAUGAACAAAGUCAAAACGGGUCAGCUAAUCCGGCUACCGACGGAUCGACGAACGUGAUGGCGGUUGGAGUGACGAAUCGUCGCCAAGAAGACGGAAACGACGAUGAAGAGCUCUAUUUGUUUCAUGAACGAGCUCAAAGUUCUUCAUCGCUGACGCCAGAACAAGCUUUCAUUCACAUGGUUAAGGCUAUGCUGGGUACGGGUCUUCUUUCACUUCCGCUCGCUUUUAAACAUUCGGGUCUCAUGCUCGGUCUUGUACUCGUCGUCGUCAUUUGUGUUGUUUGUCUCUAUUGUAUGCGACAAGUUGUCUUCGCCGCGCAUUUCGUUUGCUCGAGAAAUGGACGUGAUUUGAUAGAUUACGCAAAUGUGAUGCGAGGAGCAGUGGAGAUGGGACCCGAUUGGAUUCGGAAUCGAGGAUAUUUCUUCAAGCAACUCGUCAAUGUGAACAUGUUUAUAGCACAAUUGGGAUUUUGUUGUGUGUAUUUUGUCUUCAUGGCAGAUAAUCUCGAAGACUUUUUCCGUGCAAACCUUGAUAUAAAAUUGCCGGUCUCGGUAUGGAUGCUUAUUUUGCUCAUUCCAAUGCUGGCAAUCUGUUCAAUCCGACGAUUGAAUGUUUUGGCUCCAUUUGCCAUGGCAGCGAAUGUUGUUUAUUUGGUUGCAGUCGCCAUCGUCCUCUACUUUUUCUUCACAAAUCUCAGGCCUAUCAACUCUGUGUCGUGGAUGGGGAAAUUCACCGAGCUGCCCCUAUUCUUUGGAACUGUCAUGUUUGCUUUCGAGGGAGUUGCAGUGAUUAUGCCAAUCGAAAACCGAAUGUCCCAGCCAGCGGCCUUUAUUCGAUGGAAUGGAGUGCUCAACUCGUCCUGCAUGGUCGUUUUGGCCAUUUUCACAAUGGCUGGAUUCUAUGGCUAUUUGGCUCUAGGCGAGACGGUGAAAGACACAGCGACUUUGAAUUUACCUAUGACACCAUUCUACCAAACGAUCAAAAUUAUGUUCGUUUUGUGCAUCAUGAUUUCCUAUCCACUUCAAUUUUAUGUGCCAAUGGAAAGAGUCGAGAAAUGGGUGACGAGAAAAAUCCCGGCACACAAGCAAACCCGUUACAUCUAUGCGGCACGAUUUGGAGGAGUGAUCUGUACAUGUAUCUUAGCCGAAGCGAUCCCUCACUUGGCGCUUUUCAUCUCGCUGAUUGGAGCCUUUUCGGGGGCUUCGAUGGCUUUAGUCUUCCCACCGAUCAUCGAACUAUUGGUUCUAUACGCAAAAGGUGAGCUGACCGCAACGAUGUGGCUCAAAAAUGGACUCCUUCUUUUCUUUGCCAUUAUCGGAUUCACCACUGGAACCUAUUCAGCGCUUUCUGAGAUCAGUCAAGCUUUAUUUAAAACCGAU